AUGAAUUUCAAGGAUCCGCUAGUGAAUUUUUUAAAAUGCGUCUUGAAUAACAUAAACUCCGCAUUUUCGCACAGGAUUGAUCAAUUGCACAUGCGGCUGUUGCGGGAAACAAAUAUCUUGAAGGCCCUGAACAGAGGAAUAGAGAGAUUGUUUAGCGAAAAGCCAAAAAAUCAAUCGGUCUCUCAUCUAGUGGUAAGUGAAGAUACGGGUUGUAGAAUUGGACGAUAUUUUGAAGGUUCCAAAUAUGAGCUGAUAGAGUUCAAGACGAAAGAAAUACAAAUGUACUAUGAAAGAGUGGUUUUUGAGAUAACGCAAGAAUUGAAAGGCGAUAAGCAGAUAUUUGCCUUGAUUGCAAAUCUAUCACAAAGAAGUAGUACAGAAAAGAAAGAAAUACGAAUUGUAAAGGUGCGCGGCGGCCGACCAUGCGAUGAGAACGAAUUCCAGGUGAUUCCAAUAAGAUUCAAACCUAUUAAUCUGGAAAGAAGAGCGGGACUGAUAAGAGGGAAGAAAAUUAUCAAUUGA